CAUAGAUACUUCACUCAUCUCUCUCCAAAAACUCCGUGUGGAAACAUUUAUCUUGAUAGGACAAUUUAAGAUGAGACACGCGUUUACACGGGAAGCAACAUGGACUGUAGAAGCUAACGGUGAUGGCAUGUGCAAAGAUACAGAGGAAAACCCUAAUAAUACCAGGAUUAUGGCAGAUUUCAAUGGGCUACAGAAAGACUGGUACUCAAUACUGGGUGCUAGCCCGACCGAUGACAUACAAGAGAUAAAGCAGAAGUAUCAGAAACUGAUCCUAAUGUUUCACCCAGACAAGCAGAAGCCAGGCCUAUCUGAAGGGGAGGCAGAGCAGCUCCUGCAGAAAUUCAUUGAUGUCGACCAGGCUUGGAAGAUUUUGAGUGACGAGAAGAGCAGGAAGGAGUACAACCUGCAGCUGCGAGCAUGUGAACUGAAGCAGAGCUGGCCAGUGGAUGCUCAUGUAACACUGGAUGACAUGAACUGGGAUACAGAUGGCGAGUGUUAUACGUACAGCUGUCGGUGUGGUGGAGAAUUCGUUUUGUAUCAAGAAGACACACAGGAAGCGGAAACAGUCGUGUGCUGCGAUUCCUGUUCGCUCAGCAUUGAAGUUCAGAAGGAAGUGCUCCUCUUUGAUCGUUCUCUUCGAUCAACCUUCUCUUUCACGACUUCCAGGUCUAAAACCCAUCAUGUGGUAUCGAUUCCGAGCGGAACGGGAAUGUCUUCGUGUUUCGGGCUGUGACUGGGAUAAUGAGCUCGGCCCUUUAUUCCCAUCGCCCGUCGCUCCUGGUGAUGGAAUUAGCUUGAAGCAAGCAGAGCGGAAAUCACUCCAAGCUUUAUGAAUGACAUCCCAGAGGUGGGAACGGAUUAGUCUUCCUCUUUCUUUUUCUCUCUCUCUCUCCCUCUCUUCUCUUUACAGCACCAGGUGGCUUUUUUCCAGCCACAAAGGUGUUUCUUUUAAUCCCAUUACGUUAGUGCUAAAUCUUACAGACAUCAAAAUUAGCCCCCCCCCAGCACCGACCUUCGUAUCUCUUUGCGUCUCCCACUAUCUCCCACCCACAGCCACCCCGCUCGCUUUCCAUCCACUCCGUUUCCGAGUGACUGAAGGUGGCCUCACCUGAAAGAAUAGAGAAAGAGAGAUCUGCAGGGCAGCUGCUGUUUUAGCGGUCGCCAUUACCGUCACUGGCUCACAGCGAAGGCCAAUCCGGAUCCAAUUUUGCCAUGCUGGUGGCCCCUUAUUCCCUUGUCCAAUAAUGUGUCUGCUGCAAAAAGUCCCACAGCUCCAAAUCAAGUCUAAUCCUAGCUGGAGACCUCAUGUCAAUCUUGUCCUCCAAAAGAAAAAAAAAAGCACAAAACCAUACAUCUGGUCCCGCCCCAGCUCUCUCUUGCUCCCGAUUUCUUUGGGCUCUAGGGAUGUCUUUUAAGUCCCCCAUCUUUUGCAAAGAAUAGAGCAGGGAUCACACAACAUGACCUACCAGAACCUUGAUAUCACAAUAUUGCCACCCUUGGGCAUUGGGACAUAGGUGCGGAUUAAGACUUUGCAUAAUAAGAUUACACGCUGACUGAAUGAUAUCAAGGGACGAUCCAUAUGUGGCAAGCUGGCUCUCUGUCGCCGGCUCGCUGGCGGGUGGUACAGCUUGUGGGGAGAGGUGCCUGGGAGAGAUGCUGGGAAUCAAAUGGGAUUCGGAUUGUAAAUGAGUUGGCCAUUUGCAGUCAUAGCUAUCAGUGACGGGAUCUCUCAUAGUUCCCUACUGAAAUGUGAGAGGUCAGAUCAGCCAUUCUCUGUAUGAUUACCGCAGUGACCUGCGAUGAUGUACAAGUCUGCUGGGACUUUCUACACUGAUUUGUAUCUGAUGAUGGCAGAUGUUUGAUAAGGAACACUUGCUUGGGGUUAUCUUGCGUGUCUCAGGGAACAAUCAUAGGAAGGGAAAUGCUAGCAUGCAGGGAUCAUUCUUUCAAGCUUAUGUAAACGUUCAUAUACACCAUUGAUGCAUGACGAUUGAAUAAUGAAGACAAGACAGCCAAUAAGAGCAUAGACUGAGAACUACUUCAGUAUCGUUUAUAAAGCAUCAGGUUGAGACCUGAAGAAGCUGGGUGAUAAAAAGCCAAGAGACAAAUUUGACUACAUUAAAGAUAAUUAAAUAGAUUUUUGAUUUAUGUAAGAUUUCAUAUUCAUAUUUUGAUUCUAAAUUUUGACUGGUAGUGUAAAUGUUUCAGCAAAAUUAGAAAAGCAGAAUUGGUCGAGAAAGCUGGUAGAAGUUUCCUUUGUCUAGAAAAUACCUUGGAUACCACGGUUCGAUACUGACAGCCCCUGCUGAGUGACCCCUACAUCCCAGGAGCUGCUUUUCUCUUUUAGGAAUCUCACCAUUCAUUGCCCCCCAUUCCUGCAUCUUCAAAGCAGCAUUCCGAGAAAAUCCCUCAAAUAAUUAGAUAUGAGUGGAUGGAAGGUACUGCCAGGGAGGUGAGCGGUAGUUCCUGUCCCAUAGUGUGCUGUGGGAAAUGGGCAUGUCUGUCGGUUGGAUGCGAUCAAUAAGCGCCAGGCCACAACAUCGACCUGCUGCUCUCCUGAAUCACUGGGCAGUCAGGCACCAUGGGGAAGUGGAAAUGCUUCAAACCAGGGGGUCCCAAAUAGAAAAACAUACUUGGUAGUAUUAAACAGUACCUCACACACAGUGUAUCAAGUGUAGACUGCUCUGUUUUGUGAGUGUGCGUUGUAUCAGUGUUAUACAAAAAAAAGGUUGUUGAAGGAUAACAAGUCUGUUGGAAGGUUGUGGCUUUGUGGCAUAUCUACAGUAGUAGUAGUAGUAGCGUAAAAGCGGACUUGCAGCAUCCAGCAUUGCUUUCUGCUUACUAAGUCAUUACAAUAUUGGUUAUUUUACCACAUUGCAUUUAUUAUUUAUUUCUCAAAAGAGAACCUCCAUAGAGAGAUGUAUUCCUCAGGUUGCCUAAUGAAAACAUUUCUACUAUCAGGGUUAAUUACAGCGCCCCCAGUCUUAAUUGUGUAUCCUACAAUCACAGAAUGCUUGACACCUGUCUGUCCAGUAUCAAAACCGCCUAUCGCUUAUGCAAAUAUAGCAAGAUCGGCCUGUAGAUCAAAUUCGCAAGCAGUCAGAUCAGACUUCCCUGGAGGUUUGCCGCUGAUGGCAAUCGGAGCCGCACAACCGUACAACAUUACAGACUGAAAUUAGCAAAGCGUGGAAGAGAGAAAGAGGAUUAGAGAGAUCCCCACUCCCACAGGCCCAACUUACAAAUUAGUUAUGAUAAUCAAACAACACGAUCACAAUUGGAUUUGAUGACAGGGGUUUAGCAAAAUUUAGCUUGUUACUCGUAGUUUCAUUGUGUUAAUUUGGAUUUUUUGUUGUUGAUGGUGGUGAUUAUGUCUUUUUUGUAUGGCAGCCUUUGUGUGCAUUACUACAUUUAUGUUGACACCGCCUACACCAUUUUGCCAUUUGGCUUUUAUUAACUGUUACAUUUAAUUAUUAUUUAUUACACGGCUUGUUGGAAUGCUUGAUUCUGAUUGGCCAGUCAUGACAUUUGCA